UUCUCUGCUCAUAGCCACUAAAAUACAAAACACCACCACCGUCCGUUUACAGUCUCUCUAGAAGCAGCCGGCUUACAACACCAUUUUACAAGCAUUAUUGUUUGUUCCGACCCUCUGUGUUUCUUCCGAGACUGACUGAGAUCACGUUGCAUUUAACGGGCAAAAUAUUAUUUUUGUUUGAAUUUUGAGGAUAACUCUCAACACCUGCCUUUGUUAGCAAGUUAGCCUCGCGUGGCUCCUCAUCCUUAAUUCUCUCUCUCUGUUAUAUUCUGGUUUGUUUUAUUUUCUUUGACAAUUUAUUCAGUCAAACAGCAGUUGUAGCUACACCCGUGCUAACGGAGCAGCUCUUUGUUCGUGCCUCGGAAAACACACCAGCACCGCCUUGCAGUGAUGAUGAGGAUGAUGAUGGUGAUGAAGAGACAGAGCUGAGAGCUGAGUGUGUGUGGUUGUGUUGCGUUCACACUGGGAGCAGGAAGAACCCCCCUCCCCCACACACACUGCAUCCAUGUUCUCCCCCGACCAGGAAAACAUCUCCACGUCUUCAACCAAAGUGCCAGUCAAAUAUGGAGAGCUCAUUGUGCUUGGGUAUAAUGGCGCUCUACCCAACGGGGACCGCGGCAGAAGAAAGAGCAGGUUUGCACUCUCCAAAAGACCAAAAUCCAAUGGCGUCAAACCCAGCACUGUACACGUAGCCUGCACUCCACAGGCUGCCAAGGCCAUAAGUAACAAGGAUCAGCACAGUAUUUCCUACACGUUGUCCCGUGUACAGACAGUGGUGGUGGAGUACACUCAAGACAGCAAUACAGACAUGUUUCAGAUUGGCCGCUCAACUGAGAGUCCUAUAGAUUUUGUGGUGACUGACACGGUUCCCGGGAGUCAGAGCAACUCUGAUACUCAGUCAGUUCAGAGCACCAUAUCUCGCUUUGCAUGCCGGAUCAUGUGUCAGCGAACACCCCCUUAUACCGCCCGCAUCUAUGCCGCCGGAUUUGACUCCUCCAAGAACAUCUUCCUAGGGGAGAAAGCCGCAAAGUGGAAGACAUCGGAUGGACAGAUGGACGGUCUGACUACUAACGGCGUGUUGGUAAUGCAUCCUCGGCUUGGCUUCACAGAGGACUCCAAACCUGGUGUGUGGAGAGAGAUUUCAGUGUGCGGAAACGUGUUCACCCUGAGAGAGACACGCUCUGCUCAGCAGCGAGGGAAAAUGGUGGAGAAUGAGACUCAAGAGUUAGUGGAUGGCUCUCUGAUCGAUCUCUGUGGAGCGACUCUCUUGUGGCGUACUGCGGAAGGGCUUUCCCGCACUCCCACUGUCAAACACUUGGAGGCGCUCCGGCAAGAGCUGAACGCCGCUCGUCCCCAGUGUCCUGUGGGUUUCAACACCCUCGCUUUCCCCAGCAUGCGGCGGAAGGACAUCGUGGAUGAGAAGCAACCCUGGGUCUACCUAAACUGCGGUCACGUUCACGGCUAUCACAACUGGGGCAACCGCAACGCAGAGCUAGACGGUAGGGAGGGCCGUGAGCGGGAAUGUCCCAUGUGCCGAGCUCGUGGGCCGUAUGUGCCACUGUGGCUGGGCUGCGAGGCAGGGUUUUAUCUGGAUGCAGCCCCUCCUACUCACGCAUUCAGUCCGUGCGGUCACGUGUGCUCAGAAAAAACAGCAGCUUAUUGGAGUCAAAUCCCUCUUCCUCACGGAACGCACACCUUCCACGCAGCCUGUCCUUUCUGCGCCCAGCAGCUCAGUGGCGAACAGGGAUUCAUCAGACUGAUCUUCCAGGGGCCUGUGGAUUAAACACACCUGCCCAUUUGACAAACAUUAGUCAGGCAUUUCUUUGUUUUUACUUAGAAUUUCAUUUUAUAAAGAUGACAUUUUCUGCACUCUCAGACUGUUCCUCCCUUUCUGGUUUGUAAGUGACCUUUAUAAUGAUUUUCAAAUACCGAGAAGAAACAAAAGUAUAUAUUUUCAAAUAAAAUUAUUAUAAAAGAAAAAAAAAAAAAAAAAAAAACAUUAGACCUCUGCAGAAGAGAAGAGCACAUGCACACCCACAUUUGAGCAUUCUGAUUGGGUGGCUCUGCUAUUCAUUUGAAGCAGUGGGCAUGGCCGUUACAGAUGGUGACCUGUACAGUGUUUAUUUACUACUUAACAGUAAUACUCAGCAUUAGAGAGGCAAUACACCAUCCAUGUAUGUUUAUGAUGAGCUUACAGACGAGUCUAUCUGUACUCUAUACAAUAUUUCACAGCAUUUCAUAAACAGUUUUCCAUAUAUGUCUAUAACUUAAAAAAUACGUAAUGUUUUUUUAUUUAUACACUAUCAAUGUUUAUCAAAGAUAAAAUUUAUAGGUGUGUUUUUGGGGAGUUAAGUUCUAUGUAGCUGUUUUUUGUUUUCUCUUUAUUGUGAGUCUCUUCCAUUUGUAGGCUUCACUAUAGCAUUCAGAUUUUUCCUCACUUGUUCUCAUAUAUGUAGGUAACAUGAUUGUGUGAGUGAAAUCUCUGCAAUUGUGGACCAAUGAGGUCAUGCUCAGAGAAAUGUUCUCGCUGAACUCCAGAAAGAUCAAGAGGCCUAAGAAUCUUCACCUCCCUUUAAGCACAGGCAAAAACCACAUGCCCUGACAACGAGUGUUCGCAAAAUUGUGUGUGCUUAAGUGUCUUUGUUUUCUGUUUGAGUCUUUUCUAUGUAGAUGACUACCCUUGUUUGGAUAUUUUGGGGACGCUGGAAAGUAAUUUCCAUCUGUAUAGUGCAAAAAGCAGCACUAACCUCUGGAAAACCCUUUACCUCUUUUAUAGGUCAGUUUUAUCUUAAUUUGCAAAUUGACAUGUGAUUAGUUUUGUACCUAACAGCUACUGGGACCUUGAUUGCAGUAGAAAGGGUCAUUUUCUCCAUGUUAAGUUUAAAACCAAUAUUAAACAAUAUUUUCAAAAUACAUGACACUCCCGUGAGCAAGAAACUAAAUAGUUAAUACUUACAAUGCCAUUCAAAGUUUGGGGUCAUUAAGACAUUUUUAUUUUAUUUUUUUCUCAGUACUUUUAUUCAGCAAUGAUGUUUAAUUGUUCAAAAGUGACAGGAAAGAAAUUUGUUACAACAGAUUUCGAUUUCAAAUAAAUGCUAUUAUCCUUAACCCUAACCUUUCUAUUGAUCAAAAAAAAAAAAAAAAGAA